AUGAGGCUCAUUGGCUGGAAUUGUCAAGGGCUGGGGAGACCCUCGACAAUUCGUGCUCUGAAUAAUCUCCUCAAGGCUGAGAAUCCAGAAAUUCUCUUUAUCAUGGAGACAAAAAGCAAGGAAGCUGUUAUUGAUAAAGUUAGAAGAAGGGGUAAUUUUCAGAACUACAUUACAGUGGACCCUGUAGGGGCUUCAGGAGGUUUGGCGCUUCUGUGGAAGGAAAAUGUGAACUUGUCGGUUAUUGUGGCUGAUACAAACUUUAUUGAUGUGGAGAAAGAGGGGGGUUCUAGGGGUGCCUCCCACGAUGGUGAGAUCUUCAGGGACUUUCUUCACAGCUGUGAAUUCUUCGACCUAGGAUUUAAUGGUUCCAUUUUUACAUGGAAUAAUAAAAGAAAGAGGGAUGCUAAUAUUAGAAUAAGGCUCGACCGAGCCCUUUGCAAUGCGGCUUGGAGACAAUCCUUUGAGGAUACUGCUGUGUUUAUUAAGCCUGCUGUCUGCUCCGACCACUGCCCUAUUAUGGUGGACACUGAAGGAGGAAGGACUAGGGGGAAAAGGCCUUUCAGAUUUGAGUCCAUGUGGACCAUGCAUGAGGAUUGUAAAAAUGUGGCGCAAAAAGCUUGGUCUAUUCCUGUUACGGGACAAGCCUCUAAGCAGACGCUGUUGAAGAUUGCUCAUUGUCAGGAGAUGUUUAGAAAGUGGAAUGUGGAGGUUUUUGGGAAUAUUCACGAGAGCAUUAAGGCUUUGAAAACUGAAUUGGCUCAUGUUCAGGGUUUACCGAGCUCCUUAUACUCUCAAGAGAAAGAAACCGAGCUUCAAAAAUUGCUUGACACUCAAUUAGAGAGGGAAGAGGAAAUGUGGCGCCAGAAAUCCAGGGCGGAUUGGCUCAAAGGUGGGGAUAGGAACUCCUCUUUUUUCCAUGUUACCACUCUGAGGAGGAGACAUCGAAAUAAAAUUUUAAAGCUUAAAACAUCUACGGGUGAGUGGUCUACCUCUCCUACUGAAGUUACUAGUAUUUUAUGUACUUACUUUCAAGAGCUGUACGCUUCUGAGCCUAUAAAUAAUACUGCUUUGAAUUCGGUCUUGGAUGUUGUGCAACCUAUAGUGGGUGAUGAUAUAAAUAAUAUGCUGUGUUUGGUCCCUAGCAGUAAGGAAGUUCAUGAUGCACUUUUUAGAAUGGCCCCGCUGAAGUCCCCUGGGCCAGAUGGACUACCCCCCCUUUAUUUCCAAAAAUAUUGGGAGGUAGUAAAAGAUGAUUUGGUGGCUCUAGUUGAGGAGUUCUUUAUUACAGGUCAUAUCCCUAAGGAGUUAAAUAAGACUUUUAUUUGCCUCAUUCCUAAGGUAAAAGCUCCUGAGAGUGCAGACCAAUUCCGGCCUAUUAGCUUGUGCAACAUCGCCUUCAAAGUCAUCACCAAGGUUAUUGACCGAUCACAGUGGGGUCUUGGACCGAUUGAUUUCGCCCUCCCGAUCGCUUUUGUUCCUGGCGGGUUAAUCUCCUGA